AUCUGUGUGUAUCUGCGUGGAUCUGUGUGUAUCUCUGUGUAAGUCCUUGUGUGUGCCCUCGUCUCUCCAGUUCCCGGAGGAGUGAUCCAAAAUGGCGCCCGCAUCAGAAGCCAGGGACUGUUUCCUGUCAUACGGCCCCUACCCAUCAGCCCCAUAGGGAGCAAGACCUCAGGCAUAAGGUCGGCUUUGGGGGACUACCUGACCCGCGGCCAAAGCUCCGCCCCCGACUCUGUCCCUCCCGGCGACGACCUAGGAGAGGACCACACCUACAGCUCCGGCCUCUCUCCAAGCAUGCCCUGCUCUUCCCAGGGCCCCUCCGGUGCCCAUGGAAAUGAGGGCGACAACGUCAUUGCCGUGGACCUCCGAGGGGUCAAAUCAGAGCCCAGGGAGGUUCCCGUGGACUCCGCCUUCCUAUCCCAGCAGGCCCGGCGAGCGCGGGCGACGCUGCCGUGGACGAAAAACCGCCUGCGAGCCCUGAGCGACACGCUGCCGCUGAAGAAGCGCCGCGCGGCAGAGAAGCCUCCGGAGAGCGACGACGAGGAGAUGAAGGAAGCGGCCGGAUCCCUGCUCCACCUGGCCGGCGUCAGGGCCUGCCUCAACAACAUCACCAACCGCAAUGCCAAGGGGCAAAAGGAGCCCAAGGAUGCCCUCAGAGACUAAGGCAGGACAAACACAUACACACACAUGAACAUGUACACACUUUCACACUCUCACAGACACAUUCUCUUUGUCUGUCACUCUCACACACACACACACACACAGAGACACACAGAGUGCACGCACACACACAUGAACAUGUACACUCUCACGCUCUUUCUCACAGACACACUCUCUUUCUCUCUGUCUGUCACUCACACACACAGUAUACACACACAAGCACACACCAAACCACACAGGCCAAGAGAUAAAGUUACUAAAUGUUAAUCUUUCAGCAGGCACUACUCUACUGAUGUGUAUCUCUAUCUCCAGGGCAUUAGGUGAAUCCUACUUAUUUGUGGCAAUAUCAAAAAUCUCUGUUUUCCUAUUACAUGUCCAGCAACACUAACUAUCGUGGGUGAUCAGUUCUCAUGUGUCUUUGUUGUUUUUGUCAUGAAAAGGGGAUGAAAGCCAUAGAAAAAAAAGUUGUAUCAGAUUUGGGAAAACAAGUUACACAUGGAUUCACAUUGAGGAUUGUUGAUGACCAUUUGUAUCCUCAGUAGGUAUGCGAUGAAGUGUGUCUGUGAUAUCUGUAGCAAUCUUACACUUAUGUUAGCGAGAACUUUGAGCCAACCAUGUAUUUGGCAAAGGGCCACAUGUCAUAAUACAACCAUGAGCACAAAUGUGAGACUGUGCCAAAGACACGAGACUCGGGUGCUCUAUGUAGCCACUCUGAGAGCUAACAAAGUCAAACCCAAGGCAUUGUAACUUCAGACCACCAGUUUAGAAGAUGUCCUUAAAUGUCUAAAUAAUUGUAAAAUCUGAUAUACCUGUUAUAGUCAUGCACUUAAGAUUGCUUUCAAUCACCAGUCUUAGAAACAUCGUGGCCAUGAACAUAAGUUUGUCGAGAAACAAUCGAUAGAGUAGGAUUAAUGACAGUUACACAAACAGGGUUUUUUUUUCAGCUCGUGUGUCGAGUGAGAGGCAAUAUUUUGUCUGUUUGUCCUUGUUGCCUAGUGUAGAGGUCCCUGAAAUUCUUCCUGUACUCCUCUUUCAGACGUGAACAUCUGGUAUAGAUACCUUUCUGCAACCUUGCCUGUCAUUAGGCAGGAGCCAGCCCUAUACAUGACUGUGGGUGUAUUGUUGUUUCUUGCAUUUCUGCUGUGUCGGUGUCCCCUUCUAACUUCAUAAAGAUAUAAGCAAUUUGUCCUUUCUGGACAACUCUGUAAAAAGGUUAGAAAAUAUUUUAUUUUUCCUUUCUUAAUUGAAGCAAUUUGACCUGCAGGACUUACUCAGUUAUAUUGCAUGGGUGCUUGUAAAUAAGAUCAAAAGUAAACCUUUUUUUAUUCAAAGAUCAUGUAAGAUAAACAAUGUAUUUAGCAUGAAGCAUGACUUAUUUUCAUAUAAACGUAGAUCCUAGAUUAAAGAUAAAAAAUGUUUCGCCAAUUCUUAUACCCUCAAUUGAGUUUUUAAUUGAUCUAGAGUUUUUUUUGUAUCAAAUUGAUAUUGUAUUUCCUCUGAGCUGGCUUUUAAUGACAAAUCUUCUUCAGGGAGGAACUUUUAGGGAAAUCGUACAGCAAUUUUAAGUCUUGCUUCAGUGAGUGGUAGAAAGGAAAAUUAUUGAUCAACUGAAAAGCCUCUGAAUGUGGCUGUCAGUCUGCCUCUUUCCUGAUCUGUGCAUCAAUGUGCCCGUGUCACAGCUACUACAACACAUCAGUAGUGUGUGUGAGUAUUCAAACCAUGCACCCGUUAACAUGUUGUGCCUGCCUGCCCCUUGAGACUUCUGUUCCGAUGUCUUUAACAUGUUUUGAUAUGCUGAAUAGCACAUUAAGGUUCCUUGAGACGGCUCUGUUUUAGUUGCACAGUGAGUGGAAAACUUUAGAGGCUUUUUUGGAAUGCUUUAGUUGGUGUACGUGGCUUGGCUGCGCCAGAUUUGAUGGAAAUCUUUUGGUGAAGGUCAUGUCAGAUCAGUAUAUAUGUAAAGGUAAGCCUCAGUUUUCUAUUAUAGUGUCUAGUGUCAAAAGGUGAUUUGCUAUGGGGGAGAUUUCACCAGAGCAAUUGUGAGCUGUCACAUUCUCCAAGGUUGACACUGCCAUCUUUGAUCGGUGGAAGCUAAGAUGUGAACACAUUUGAGACUCACUGUGCUCCUCAACACACAAGCUGUACAGAAUUUCAUAGCCUGGGGUUAAUAGUUUGAGGGUGUGUGCAAUGAUGGAGUGUGUUUCAAUAUAAGUUGAGUGAGAGAAAAGUAGUAAAGGGCGCACACACAGACAGAUGGAGAGACAGACAGAGAGACAGACAGACUGGCAGACAGACUAACAGGGACAGACAUUGCAAUCUCUCUGUCUUGUCCCCUCAACACACAUCCCUGGUCAACACAGUAGGACGGAUGUCGACAAUGCAGACAUAUCAUACGCCCGCCAUUCUCCCUCUGAACUCUGCUCUCUGAAGUGCUCAUGUAACGCAGGUCAAGCCCUCUGCAGUAUUUACAGUAACACACCAUAGUUCUGGUAGUGAUUAAUAUGUUUUCAGUCGACAGAGGCAUGUCAAGGGGGAUGUGUUGCUUUGGUAACCAAUAUUUCUUCCUGUGACUCAUAGUGACAUGCAGGAUAGGUGAACCCUUGGCUGUUUAAAAAUAAAAUUUCACAGGAUCUACAAGACUAGUUUAUUUAGGGAGUAUCAAAAUGUGUCACUGCCUGAAUAAGAGACAGAGAAUUAGAAAAAUAAAGGUGUUUGUUUUCAUCAACCAAACCUGCCAAAACGUGUUAAAUUCAAGUUCUGCCAUUUUGUUAUAAACUAUUUGAAUUUUUUGGUGUUUCUGUUUACUUUGACAAAACUUUACAAUACUGCCGUUUGUGUGGAAUUUUUGAGAUGAGUGUUUGAAAGCCAUAGGUAGAGAUGUCAAAAUGCAAACUAUUAAUGAUCUGUGAGAUGUCUUACAGAGUGUAUCCGGGUUAGGGUUAGAGUGUUCUAUUAUUUUCUUGUUGUGCAAUCAUCUUGCCAAAGAACGAUUUCAAACUAACUCAUCAAUACAUGUAAAUAACAAUGCUGCCCUAUGCUGAGGCAAAUACUUAUAAAUGUUGUUUUUUCUUUGCCAUUUUUCUGAAACCUACAAUAAUGUUUAUGUGAUGUAUUGUCUUCCAGUUGCAAUAAUAAAAAAAUACAAGUUGCAAAAGU